CGCGGGAACUAUUCAAAAUGGCCACGAAAUGUGUUGACGCGACGUUGGAAGCGAGUCUGUAGAAAACAUCAAAGCGGUGUCUUUGUCGGCGAACUAACGCGCCAGAUGGCUUUAGAUCGUGUUGUAGCUCUGGUGGAUAUGGACUGCUUCUAUGUUCAAGUCGAACAAAGACGAAAUCCAGAAUUGCGAGGCAAACCUUGCGCUGUGGUUCAGUAUAAAACGUGGAAAGGUGGAGGGUAAGCGAAUUUUAAAUUUUCUCAAUUAAAGAUUUCUUUUGAUUAAGUAUUCCUCGCGUAGUAUUUAACCGUGAAAUCUGGGAGCCUUUUUGCAUCAAUACAUUGAUACAUCUGGGCGGCGUUGCGUAUUAAUUUUUUCGAUAGAUAAGAAAUUUGCCUAGAAGUUUCUCGAUCGAAUUACAUAAUAUGAUAUGAUAGCUUUGACAUUUUUUCCAUUAGCCUUAACAAUAUAACAGUAUCAAUACACAAUGUAGUACUGAUUGAGGUAUUUCGCUACCAUUUGUUGUGUCUUUUUUUGUGUGUUUGUUUUUUAAGGAUUAGCCUUUUAUAUUAGAACUUAGACAGCGCUCCUUUUGACCACGUUAAGACGGAGUCUGUAUUCUGUUCGUCGACCCUAAAGUGGCGUUGUAUUGAUCCAAUUUAGCCAAAAAAAGGGCGAUUGUUGGACAGUAUGGCUGCUUGGCUAAUUCACUUCAAUACAACUUAUCCUUUGAUGAGUUCAUUGAUCAGCUUUUGUGUAGUGUAGUGUAGUUUUGGCACUAACAACUGAAUUGCACACAUCAAGUUAUUACAGUUUUUAUGCAAUAACUGAGAUACUACAAGUGACCUGAUUGGUCAAAAACAUAUUGUAUAACCCUUUAACUCCCAAGAUCUCAUUAGUGAUUCUCCUUACUGUCUGCCAAUACAGGUCUUGUGAUGUUAGUUUGAAGAAAUUGGUAUUGGAUCAACUUGCAAUCCCCUAAUUGAUAUUUUUCUCUAAUCUCAUCACUUGUCUACUUGAUAUUGUAUUGAUAUUUUAAGGAGAAAUUCUUGGUCACUUAUGGUAGUUAAGGGUUAAAGCACCGGUAAUCCAAAGGAAAAUUGAAGUUUAUGGAGUUUUAUUAAAGAAAUAAAUGGCACUUUCUAUUAGUUAAUACUAUCAUGGUAACAACCCACUUGGGAGAGCAGGAGAAAAGUUUGAACAUCACUCACCUUUAGCUCAUGAUUUUGCUUAACCCUUUAACCUCUAAGAGUGAUUAGCAACUAAUUUCUCCCAUCAGUAUCAUCCCUAAAACAAACAUUGAGGUUAUGGGAAUAGAGGGAAUGAUCACCAAGUAAAGAAGCUCCUGAUUGUUAUACAAAUUCUCCUUGUCAGUACUAUAGGAAUGUAUAGAGAACAGUGUGGAGAAAAUUUUUACUGAUGUUAGGGUGUAAAGGGCUAAGUAAUGCAUUUAUAAAAAAGAGACACUGUGACAACUCAUCAUAAUUAUAUGGUUUAUUGUUUUUUUUCCUUUUUUUAAAAAUUUGUGAAUUGUCAUUAUGUGUACGAUUAGUGUUAAAUUUGUCUAAGUGUGAUCAACCAUUUUUUUCGUUUUUCUCUCUGAUUAUUGUCUCCAGCUUUUUUUGUCCUGGAGGAAGUAUGGGUUCUUUCCCAGACUGUAAGGUAGUGCUCUAUUGAUGGAGUUUCUUUCCAUCAUUCUACCUAUCUGUGUCAAGGACUAUGCUUUCAAGGGUGCUUGUACUCAGUUCCUGUAAUUUUAACUACACAAUACCAGAUAGAACAGGAACCGAAUAAUUAAAAACUUAAUUGAGGAUUAUACAGCGCACCAUAUCCAAAGUCAUCAGUGUACUAUCAACAUUAAAAUAUUUCAUGAAGGGCAAUAGAAAUUGAUCUUUUAUUUAACAAUAUUGCUAUAUGAUAAGCUGAAUAAUAAAUUCAUUUUGAUUAGUCCUCUCUUAUGAUCUAUUAUAGCACAGAUGCAUAAACAACAGCACCAUUAACAAAAUAAACAGCAUUUUUAUUUUUUAAAACAAAUAGAUUCCAUGUUUCAAUGGUUCUGUAUGAUAAUAGAUUGCAGAAGAUGGAAAAAUGUGAUUAGAAUGUCAGUGACACAAUCAGCUGCACUUCAUGAGUCACACUUUUUGUUUCUUACUGCAUUUUGAUGUUAUCUGUGAUCUAUUACUGAACAGAGGCACAGCCACAUGGAAUCUAUUUCUUAAAUAGCUCUGACACUUACUAACUUCAUGACUAUAUGUCUAUAACAGGAUUAUAGCUGUUAGCUAUGAGGCACGUCAUUGUGGAGUGACAAGAAGCAUGCGAGGAGACGAGGCCAAAGAGAAGUGUCCUGAGAUAAAUUUGGUGCGCGUCCCAGAGGCACGUGGGAAAGCCAACUUGACGCAUUAUCGUGAGGCAGGGGCAGAAGUGAUAGCAGUGCUGUCUCGCUUCUGUGACAAUUGUGAGAGGGCAAGUGUGGAUGAAGCAUACCUAGACUUGACUGAAAACGUCAACAUGUAAGUCUUGUGUGUGAACAUAAAAAGGCCAUCCCAGCGGCUGAUCCAAUCAAAUCUCUUGAAUCAUAAUAUCCAGUGUUCCACUCUGUGAUAAAUGCAUGCACAUAUUGAUUUACAGGAGAAUGCGCACAAUGGGCCUAGAUGAAAUUGCAAAAAAGUCUGCAGAAACAACAUUUCUGGAAGGUUUCAUGGCAGAUGAACAGGAAGGUAAACAUGUAGAUACUGAUGCUUGGAGAGCUUCUCUCCAAAAUGAUGGGAACAUUAGGAGGCUGGCAGUUGGUGCAAUUAUUGUAUCAGAAAUGAGGAAAGCUGUGCUAAAAGAGACACAAUUCACAUGCUCAGCAGGAAUUGCUCAUAAUAAGGUUAGAGGCUUCUAUGAACAAAUAUUUUUUUGGUUACAUGAUCCCUUCUUCUGUAGGAUAUCAAGAAUUGCUGAACAAAACAAUAUAAAACAAACAGAGAAAUUGAAUUUACCUCUCAAAAAUGAGCUAUUCUCUGCUAGGUUCCAACCUAAAAUAGAUUUUCCAAUUUUAUUUCUGAAUUCAGAACACACAACCCUUUGCUUCAACCCUUUCACAAGUGACCAAGACAUAAUUUCCCCUUACAAUAUCAAUACUAUAUCAACCAGAGUAUUAAUGAGAAUAAAACAAAAUGUCAAUUAGGGAAUUAUUUAUUGACCAGAUACCAAAUUCUCUCAGAACAAACAUCACAAGAAUUGAUUACCUGGCAGACAGUGCGGAGAAUUACUAAUGAGAUCUGGUAGUGAAAGGGUAUCCUAAAAGCAUAGAGAUAUUGGAGAAUUCUAUUUAUAGCAUCUACACAGAAUAUUUUGGCCAUAUUUUGAUUGUCUGGGAUAUAUAUUUUUUUAAGACAUGGAGGAUAUUCUACUGUUUCUUUACAGUUUUCCUUGCUUCUUUUUUUCUUAACCCUUUUCACCCUAGCAUCAGCAUGCAUAUUCUCCAUACUGUUCUCUGUACUUUUCUGAUGGUUCUGAAAAGGAGAAUUAGCCAAACAAUCAGCAGUUCAUGAGUGGAAAAUCAUUUAACCUCUUAACCUCGCUAUUUGAUUCAGAGGUGAUACUGUGAGGGGGAAAUAGAUUCUUUAUGACUCUCAGAAAAUUGAUUUGCUUCUUUUGUUGACCCGUGGAUUGUUAUUUAUCAUCAACUGCUAUCAACAAUCAAUGUUGUUUUUUUCAUUAUCAGAUGCUGGCAAAGUUAUGUGGUGGACGUCACAAACCAGAUAAACAGACUCUUCUACCCCAGAGUGCAGUGCCAAAGUUGUAUGAAACAGUUCCCAUAAAAAAAGUGUAAGAAUUGAAAUGCUUACAUAUGCUAGAUGUGAAUUUAGUCAUUGUUAUUUGAGUUAAUUUACAUGUACAUGUAGUGUAACAAAUUCAGGGAGAAGCAUUCCUAUCCUUUGUAGUUGUAAAUGGGAGGUGGGUACUUUUUGCUAACACUAGGAUGUGAAUGGUAACUCCCCCAGAUCUUAAAACUCACACUGCACCCUUGUAUCAGCCCCUCACAUAAAUUCCCUUUUCUUGCUUGCUGCAGACCACUCAGCCAACAACCUCUGGUGUAUCUGAGUUGUAGCAGGCGGUGCUUGAAAUAAUACAUAGGUUAAUUUGGUUAGAACUUUUUAUUUCUUCUUCUGUGUCUGGCAUAAGGGAUGAAAUGACAAUUCAGAAGCAGAAUGUAGCCAUUAAGUCACUUCAGACUUUUCUCUAUACAACUCUUCAGCGCCCAGUCGUUUGAAGGCCGAUCAGGGCUAACCCAGUGUUAAAUUUUAAUCCAGGGCCGGGUUGUUCAAAGCUGGGUUAAGAUAACCCAGGGUUAGUGUGAAAUCCGAUUUCAGAUCUAAAAGCUUUACAAGAAAAUUCAGUCGAAUUCUUUUUGUUUAGAGUAUGACUACUUGAUGCUUUAAAAAGGACACUGAAAAUUUUCUCAAAAAGGCUUUUGAGUAAAGGAAUAAAGAAACGCAGAUUAAAAUUUAACCCUGGGUUAGCGCUAAUCGGCCUUCGAACAACUGGGCCCAGGUCUCUUUAUUUUUUUGUUCAAAAGUCUUUUAGGUUAAAGUUUCCCCAUUCCUUUCUAGGCCAUUCAAUGAUCAAGUUGCAAGCAAAAAUAUUUGAACUGAAUUUUCUUUUAAAGCCUUCAGAACUGCAAUCAAAUUUCACACUAACCUUGGUUUAUCUUAACCCAGCUUUGAACAACCCAGGCCAAGGCUCUCAAUAAGUGCUGUAGCCUGUUAUACCUGUUAUGGCUGGGCUCAUUUGAUGUUAAGAAUCACAAUGUUGAUUGCAGUCUGUUACAUUUGGGCAAGGUUUAGACUGCUGUGGGUGAAAUCUCCAAUGUAACAGCUUCUUCAAAAUUUAUUGACAGCCUUCCUCAUUCAUUUAAAAUCCUUAGCAUUUUGUUGAGCAUAGGGACUUGCCUUGGAGGAUUUUAAGUUGAAAUUUUAAAUAUGGUAGUCACUCCUAGGUGAUAAAGACUGUUUUUAUAUAUUGCCAUUGAGUUUUUUCAAAGAUGACAAUACAUAAUGUAAUUCUGAGGGAGAUUCCUUCUAUUUGUGAGAAGCAUUUUCAAGGAGUUCUCUGUUCUUAAUGAAGAAUUCCAUUUUGUUGCAUUAGUAGUUAACACAGCAAUCAAUGUUUUCAAACUAGGAAUUUUGUUUUGUGUCUUUAUGUAUUGCCACCUGAUGUAGAAGACCUUUUGAAGUGUCAAUUUAGUCACUAUGUUGUGAAACAGUCAUAAAUUUUUUAUCAAUUAUGAUAGUGAUUAAUUGAAUUUAUUUGGUGCAUUUGUAGCCGUAAUAUGGGAGGCAAACUUGGCUUGGAAGUGCGCUCAAAUUUACAUGCAGAAAAGAUGAGUGAUUUGGCCAACUACUCCCUUAGUGAGUUACAAGGUCGUUUUGGAGAUAAGACAGGGUAAAUAUUUUUGCCUAAUACAUGUACAUGUAAAAAAACGAAAACAAAUGACCCUCUUUCUGUUACAAAGAGGGUAAGUUUCUACAGAAACUGUGGUGCUGUGUCGGUGGGAGAGUAUAACAACUGAGUUGGUAACGUAAAUUGGCCACCGCAAAGAGUUUCGAAGCUGACGUUUCGAGCGUUUGCCCUUCGUUAGAGCGAAUGGAGGAAUUGUGUUUAGAACAAAAAUUUAUCCUUCAAAUAGGCACUCUUAAUACCACGGUAUUAAACAAGCUUGUCGUCAAAAUUUAAGACUUUUCUUUCCUCUCUGCUUUCUCAUUUGUUAUUUGCGUUAUUGAAGAAAACCCCUUCAUUUUUUUUUUAUUGCUAGGGAGUGGCUGUCUGAAAUAAGUCGUGGAAUAGAUCAUGAACCUGUUAGGCCUCGACAGCUGCCGAAGUCUAUCGAAUGCGGCAAGAAUUUCCCCGGAAAGGGGAAGCUUGCAACAGGAGAAAAGGUAAUUUAUUAAUUCUAAGAAAACGUUUUUGAAAACCAGUGAUUCAUUAGUAAUGAUAAAUUUAUAAAUUUCAACAAUCUGAGUAGCUUGCAGGGUGCGAAUUGGUGACCAGCUGAAAAGUGACUGUGGGUGACCAGGCCUUAAACAUGAGAUAUGUUAGAGGUUUCAUCUGAUUUUUCUUUCGUUUUAGGUAAAAUACUGGUUGGAUCAGCUGGCUGGUGAACUUCACGAGCGUCUCACAAAAGAAUCAGAAUUGGUAAAUAAAAAAUAUUAUUCUUCAUAUCGUCGGAACCAACAUUAGUUAAAUAAACAAAGUUGUUUUAAACAAUUUCAGUUGAUUGUUGAUCGUCAUCCGCGUUUACAUUGACUUUGUUUUGCUUUGCUCUUUAAUUUGUUUAAAAACUUACAAACAGUGCGAUUCAAAAUUGAAAAACCAAUCACGGUUUGAUCUCCUGCGAUUUACGUGCCUCAAGCAGUUGGCUUUGUGUUCGCUUUGGCUCGUGGUGAUAUUGCCUUUGUUCGGAUUGGUCGUCGUGUUAUCUUUAGUCAUGGUUUACAUGGAGCGGUUGGUUUUAUCGUUGCAAUUUACUGGUUCUCGAGAGUGGAGCGAAUUUUUCGGACAAAUCUCGGAGCAGUGCGAAGCAAAAUCAAAGCAAUCCUCUUUCUCUUGCGAGUUAUUGAAAAUUGCUGAGAAUAUUCAGAGCAGAAGAGUUGCAAACUUAAAAUUUUUAGUUAAGUCUCCUAUCAUCUUGCUCACGCUUUAAAUUUCAUUCAUUAUUUUCCCAACAGAAUAAUCGGGAGGCCAAGUUAUUGGGUGUCGGCUUCAAGACUGAAAAUAACUCCUCUGCUACUCGUUCUUGCCACAUGAAAAAUUCAACUGCCGAUCAAAUUGCAAAGGACCUUUAUAAUGUGCUGUUGCCAUUCAACUCUUUAAAGAAAAACAAAACUGAUGCAUGGUAAGUAAAAAAUUAAAUCAUGAUGUUUAUUUAUUUCUUAAACAUUUUGCGAACUGUCAAUAGUUAUCAGGGGGAGGGGUGGGUAAGGAUCAGAUGGUUUUCAGGGGGAACGGAGCGGGGGAAUCAGUUGUCGCCAAGAGAGUAUAAAGUGGAAUUAUCGAAAAUUUACCGCUAAUGGAGUGGGGUGGGGAUCACGUCAAUUUUAUCGUGACAUUUUACUUUUAAGAGCCAAUGAGAACUCGAAAAAGCGCGGGAAAAUGCAGGCGUGAUAGGUGAUUGGUUGAGAGAGUGGCACGAGUUUUCUAGACCAAUCACAGAUCGAAGUAAAGCAAAAUCGAUGCAAUGUCGCAUAACGUUCGAUAUUCAAUUUAAACUUGCUCGAAACAAGCAAUCAAAAUCAAAGUUUCCACACAAGAUGUUUGGCUUGAUGGAAGUAUCUUAAACUCUUUAGGUAUCCAGCUAUUGUCACCUUACACGUGUCAGCCAGCAAAUUUGAAGAAAUAAGUGAUCAUAACAGUACGCCGUCAAUAAGCUCAUUUUUCAGUAAGAAAAACAAGUUGGAAGAAGCGGAAAAUUCAGCGGACAACGUCAUCUCUGAAAACGUGGAGGACGAGUAUUUAUCUGGCGUGAGUUUAGAUGGAAACAAGGGAUGCGAUGGAACUUCUGUUUCUGGCAGUGUGGUUAGCCAGAGCCAGCGCGGGGAAAAUUCGUGUGACGGAGUUCGGAGAUAUGAUAAUAAAGAAUGCAAAGAUAAUGAGAAUAAAGUGGAUGAAUCAAAGCUUAGUGGUAGUACCCUACCAAAAAAGAAAGGCAUAGAGGUGUUUUUAUCAGGAAAGAAUAUAUGUGAAGAAAAGCAGCAAAAUAGUGAGAGACGAUCUUGCAAUCCCUACCUAGGUUGCCAGAUCGAUUCUUCGGUGUUAGAAUCUUUACCACAAGAAAUUCGGCAAGAGAUUGAACGGUCACUGUUUAAAAACAAUCAGCAAGAUGAAAAGAGGAGAGGAAAUCCUUCAUUCUCUGAUUCAAGGGUGUCCACCAAUGAAGUACAAGGAAGAAAAACAUCAAAGAAUGUCGCGAUUGCUGGUGGGUCCGCCACUGGUGGGACCCGCGCGAAUCUUUGUAACCGAGUAGACUGGGACAAAACAGAUUUGUGCAAAUGCGAGAAAUGUGGGGAAACGUUUCCAGAAUGCAUCAUGCCGGAACAUUUAGACUAUCAUUUUGCGUUAGAGUUGCAAAAUGGAGAAAGCAACUCUUCCUUGACUUCAAAUUUAGGUAGCUCGACAAACGAGCCUCCGAAGAAAAAGCAACGCAUUACAAUUCAGUCUUUUUUCACGUCUAAAUAGUUUAAGUGAGCGCUUUUCCUCGAAGGGCUCAGGUCCAAGUUUGUUCAGUCUCUUUCGCAGGCGUAGGCGUUGGUUGGUCUUGCCACGUAACGGGCGUUGCGUGACGACACUUAACAUUUGCUGCGAAGUAGACUGCAGAAAGAUUGAACCCAAAUGUUUGACUAUGCCUGUUGUUUUUUUUUUAAAUUUUAUUUUCCACGACUGUAGUGUUUGUAGUAGACUAUCAUUUCUAGGUUUCUUUUGUUUGAAUUUAAUUAUUUAUUGACACUUAAUAAAGAAGAACCGAAAUAUUGCUACAUAGCACCGGGAUAAACAAAAGAAAGUAUCUGCUGUUUAUUUUGUCAUUCUUACCUUUUUUUGUUUUGUUUGGCAAUUACUAUUAUUAUAGUUGUUCGUUUUUGUGUUGCAUCCUUACGAUGCCCUAAGAAGGAAACUUUUGGAAGCUAAAUUCUGUCCAGUUCGUGUGUUAUCCCUUCGUUAACAGUGGAAAUAAACCCUCGCUUUAUUUUUUCUACGUGUUCACCCCUCAUUUAGGAAAUAUUGAGGCUAGUUUCUCCUCCUCCUGCUUCCUCC